CCGCCCAUCGGCGGAGCUUCCUCGCACGCCGCCAGCUGAGACGUCGUCGAUGCAGCCGUCGAGGCAAACGACGGCAGCCGUCGAGUCCCGCGGUUCGGUUCCGAGCCAGAUGAAACAAGCGGCGCCCACCUCGACGCACGCACCAUGUGGAGGUCCGCGGGGCAGCGGCGGCGGCGGCGGCCGCCUCAGCUCCUCCGCGUCGCCGUCCUCUGCCUGCUCGCGGCCGGCGCGCUCGCCGUCGCGGGCGCGCAGCGGGCGGCGGCGGAGGAGGGAGCUCCGGCGAGCCGCGCCGUUUUCACGGACUACUUCAGGCAGCUGAGCCGAGAAAGGAGAGCCGUCGGGCGGCCGGCGCCGAGCGGCGCCCCGCCGGAGCCCGCGGAGCUCCUGACCGCCGACGACGUGUUCGUGGCCGUGAAGACCACCAGCAAAUACCACCGCGGCAGGCUGGAGCUCCUUUUGGACACGUGGAUCGCCAACCAUUUGCAACACACGUACGUGUUCACCGAUGGCGAGGACUCGGCGCUCAGGAAGCGGAUCGGCGCUCACCUGAUCAACACCAACUGCUCGGCAGCUCACAGCCGUCAAGCGCUCUCCUGCAAAAUGGCCGCCGAGUACGACGCCUUCCUCGACGCCGACAGGAAGUGGUUUUGUCACAUGGACGACGACAACUACCUGAACAUGGGUGCCCUCUUGAGGCUGUUGUCUCAGUACAGCCACACCCAGGACGUCUACAUCGGGCGACCCAGUCUGGAGCACCCCCUCGAGGCCACCGAGACGUUAGCCGAUGCUAAAAUGAGGAAGGUAGUUUUCUGGUUUGCCACAGGGGGCGCUGGAUUCUGUCUGAGUCGAGGACUCGCCAUCAAGAUGGGACCUUGGGCUCGCGACGGCGCCUUCCUGUCUACAGCCGAACGUAUCCGUCUCCCAGACGACUGCGCUGUGGGUUACAUCGUCGGGGCUAUGUUGGGUGUGGGCCUUACCCGCUCGCCACUGUUCCACUCGCACCUGGAGAGCCUCGCGCUGCUGACGCGGGUGCAUGAACAGGUGACUCUCAGCUACAGCAAAGAUGAGAGAAACACCAUCAAUAUCAAAGGACCCUUUUCGAUACAGCAAGAUCCAACAAGGUUCAAGUGUGUGCAUUGUGUGUUACAUCCACACACACCCUGGUGCCAGCGCUGAAUGCAGCCAGCCAGAUUUUUUU